UACAAUGUACAAUGCAAAGUCGCAACAUUUGUACUUAGGCAGUGAAUAGGGCGCCUCGUUUGUCAUCCGUUUGCCAAUAAGGCAUAAAUGUAGCAUAUAAAACAUUUAAAUCAAUGGUUGUUGUUGGUUUGUUGGAUUAUGUGGGAAUGAUGCUGUUGCUACUUUUACUGCAAAUCUCUAUCUGGGGAGCCACUGGAGCAGACACCGGCAGAGAAGCAACCGUGUGCACAUCCAAUGCCUGUUUCACUUUUCAUAUGGAGAGAGUCAGCUUUGAAGACGCUCGUAUGAAAUGUGAAGAUAACGGAGGUUACUUGGUAACAACUAAAGAAAAAGGUGAGGUAGCAGAGCUUCAAUCAAUCAUUUCACAGAUCGACGAAAGACAUCGCAAUUUCGACUACAAGUGUUGGAUCGGACUGAAAUUACAUAAGGGGGACUGCAUUAUAACGGACUUAAGUCUCAGAGGUUUUAAGUGGAUAUCUGGAAGUGAAAAUUCCCAAUAUUCCAACUGGGAGAAGGAACCUCGCAGCACCUGCACAGAGGAGCGUUGCGUAUUGGUACAUUAUUCUUUAUCCAGUCGCAAUGAAUUAAAAUGGACGGAUGGAUCUUGCAAAGACAAGGCCUUUUACGCGUGCAAAUUCUAUUUCAAGGGCAUGUGUAAACCUUUGUUGUUGGCAGGAGGAGAGCAAGUUAAUUACAUGCUCCCAUUCUCAGCAAAUCCAUUAAAUGGGGACAACAUGACUGCGUUUCCAUUUGGAACAUAUGCUGAUGUAACAUGCAAUGGGAAUGAUAACUUUUCUAUUUGCAAAUUAAUGGAUGGUGUAUAUGACUGGACUAUCCCCGGUCCGUUUUGCGCCUCGGAUAAACAGAGCUGUGGCUAUAAAAACGGCGGGUGUGAUCAUGUGUGCGUUGAUAGUGACGCCGGAGGUGUCCUUUGUGGAUGCAAGGCCGGUUAUGUGUUAGGACAGGACAGAGUAUCUUGUGGCUUCAAGGAAUAUUGUCACAGUUCUCCAUGUCAGUACCAAUGCGUAACAGGACCAACAGGCUUCUCGUGCGUAUGCCCAAACGGCUUCCAAUUGGAUAAAGACCAAUUUGGUUGUAUCGAUGUUGAUGAAUGCCAAAUGAAGGCCUGCGACGGUCAUCGUUGCAUCAAUACCCAAGGUAGUUACACAUGUAAGUGCAAUGAAGGCUACACACUGGUUGAGGGCAAAUGCCACGAUAUAGACGAGUGCACUGAAUCUAGAUGUCCCCAAAUAUGUCUUAACUCUGAAGGAUCCUUCUCCUGCCAUUGCUACUCAGGGUUCACUGUGUCCGAGAACCGUCAUACGUGUAUAGAUAUAGACGAAUGCCUCAGUAAUCGAUGCGAGGACAAGUGCACUAAUACCAUUGGUAGUUUCAGGUGUUCUUGCCAUCAGAACUUCCAGUUACAUCCUAAUGGAAUCACCUGCAUUCGAGAUGUGACUGUUGUUUCCACUGCUGAGACGUCAAGUGUUCAUAGAGACAACGACCAACACGACAACACCAUUGACACUAUAACCAUCUCUACGGUUGAAUUACAAAACGAGCCUCAGUUCACCGACGGACCACCUCGAGACACUAUUACGCACGACAUUACGCGCGAGGAGCCAUCCAGAAAAACCAUUGGAACGAGUGGGCCUACGCACAAUGGCUCUUUUUUGAGCUCGUGGCUGUUUAUUUGCGUUAUUGCUUCUGUUGUUCCACUACUUCUUCUAAUUGCAGUAACCUCUGCUAUUGUCAUAUUUCGAUGUAGUCGUUCAAAAAGAGAAGCGAGGAUGAAAAUCGCAACUGCUGACAGUUAUUGUUGGGUCGCUUCCGGUAUAGAGACUCGGUUAGAAACAUUUGACGGGUCACUUGAAAGCACGGCGUGAAAUAGUGUAAACUCAGAAUGUAAAAGCAAUAUAAUUCUGACAUUGCAUUAUCUACGAAGAUAUAAAUAAAACGUGUUAAUAAAAUAACGUUUUUUAAAAA